AUGGCAUUCGCGGGACCCUUCGGAAUCGUCUAUGUAGCCUACGGGCCGAAGCGCUCCAUCCCAGCGACUCCAUCUUCAAUGCGCACAUCUGACGAUUGCACAUCGGUCCCGCCCGCAACUCGUUCUGCGGGACAGAAACAAUUGGGCGCGAAAGCUUCACUUCUCCCUCCAAAACUUCGCAAUCUUUUUCAUCGUUGCGGAACUACGAACAUACAUUCUGCUUCGGUUGCUCAAUCCUCAGUUGCGUCUGAGAAUGCCGCGCCAUCAUCGCAGCCAACAACACACUCCGCCCAUCCAUCACUCAUCGCUCAAGUUCAUUCUCAUACCAAUAAUCGGAACAAGACGAAUACCACCACGGCCCCUUCACAGUCUCCCACCUCAGUGGCGGUUGACUCGGUAAUGCAGAGCACCUCCGAUGGACCAAAACGGCACUCCAUUUGUCUGUCCAGGGAAGCCAGUUGCGGCAGCAAGCAUUUGUCAGACGAGUCAAACGAUAGUCAAUCAGGCGUCCGAAGCAUUGCACAGAAGAUAAAACUCAAGUUCAGGCGCUCGCCAAACGCAGUUUUCGGCAAGAUGAAGUGGAAGCUACCUUGGCUCUCCAGACGCAAACAUGAUAAAGUGGUGGAAGCGCUGAAAAAGCAACUUGAGCAGCAACCGAAUUCGAUCGAUGAGCCAAAGGUCGACGAUUCCGAUAUCCUGAUACACCCAGAUGGCAAUCCCGCGAAGACUUCUACCACCCGCAAUACCGGUCCUGGUACCCGUACAACCAAUGACCCCAAAAGUGGCGCGACCAGCACAUCAUCCGAAGAAAGCCCAAAGUAUGCCGUGGACCGUCGCGACUGGGCCGCAAUCCACGCCAUCUCCGAUCAUAAUUUGCAACGCAUCGCACGUGUUUUUGUACACACCCCUUCGGGUCGGAGGCCAACCCUGGACCAGUUCCGCGUAACCGGUCGUACUGAGGGAACAUACCACCAGAUUGUGUUUAUGGAGUUAGAGGCCGAGAACCAAGUCCAGGAGUUUGUUGUCCGCAUCCCAGCUCAUGGGACAGAAGAGCGUUGGCAACGUCCCGACGAGGAUAUGCUCGACGAUGAAGCGGUGUUAAUGAGAUACAUCAAACACCAUACCAAGGUUCCGCUGCCGAAGGUACUUGGUAGCGGAUGUACCGUGUGGAACGAGAUUGGGGCACCCUUCAUCAUCAUGGAGAAACUUCCCGGGAAGCAAGCAUAUGAUCUCUGGUACGAGGACUCUGAAGAAGACCGUCCAAACGGGAAACCGUUCUUCCUCCUGGCAGACCAGCCUUCGGAAGCGACUGAAGCGAAACGUUUGACCUUCCUACGCUCGUUAGCGGCCUGUAUGGCGGAGCUUGGAAAGCUCCAAUUCCGGGGAAUUGGUAUUCCUCACUGUAACAACUUCAGCCUCGAUGAUGAGCCAACAAUCAGGCCUUCUUAUCACUGGCUCUCAGGGACCGAUAUGAAAGCUGUGACCAAGCGAAGCCCGUUUUCUUCAAGUCGGGAAUUCAUUCAGUCGGUUUUGGAUGCCGAUUGGGACGUCGAGAGGGAGCUAAGCAAGAUUGAUGUGCCUGAGGAGAAGACGAAUGCGAUAGAACUCCGCGGCCUCCGCAAACUUAUUGAGAUCAUCUACUCCCAGCCCGUCUUCCGAUCCUCGCCCACGUUUGCGACCGAGGAGUCCUUCGUCCUUCGCCAUAACGACCUUGAUCUGCAGAAUAUUCUGGUUGACGAGGAAGGCAACGUCACUGGCAUCAUAGAUUGGGACCGUUGCACCGCGGUACCCCGCUGCAUAGGCACCGGUGGAGCCGUCCCCAAGUUCCUCAACCGCGACUGGCAUUCCGAAUCCGACAUCGACCGCGCGCCGCACAUGGCUUUCAAACUCGAGCAUUAUCGCCAGGUUUAUUACGAAGCGUUGAAAGCUGCGGGUUGCAAGGAUGCAGUCUAUACUCGGAAAUCUCCCAUGUACCAGGCCGCGAUAUUCGCCCUGUACCAUGACUAUGGGAUCAUGGAGGAUUUCCUCAAAACAGUCCUCGACGAAAUACCUGGAGUCCGUGGUAUUUCUCUUGACAAUCUUGCGGAAGGACUGGGAUAUGGUUGGCCAACGACGGAAGAACACUUGCGCCGGGAGAUUGAGAAGCUAUUUCGGGUCGAUGAUCUCGAGGACGAAGAUGCGAAAGAGAAGCCCGAAGAAGGAUAUGCACCAGAUGAGCCCUUGCAAACUCUUGCGGAACGUGCUCAUCUUGCUGAGACGAUGUUGGCACACAGCGCCACGGAACGUGGUGAUGGCAUAGAAUGUUCCCCCGCGCAACACAGCUGGUGCGUGUGGUUCCCCAGUCUAAGUUUCUGA